AUGAAUGGAUCCUUUUUCAACCAGACACUCUUGGAGCAGGGAGCUGAUCCCAACAGGACCCAAGGUUUGGGGAUGCUCAUGACCUGCUGCAACGGGACCAGCUCGGUGUUGGCUACUGCUGGCAGCUCCUCAGCCCUGGUACCUGAUGAGAGGAGCCUUUACAUCACCAGGGUGGUACAGAUUGCUGUCCUCUGUGUCCUCUCCUUAACUGUCAUGUUUGGCAUCUUCUUCUUGGGCUGUAACCUGCUGAUUAAGUCAGAGAGCAUGAUCAAUUUCCUGGUCAAGGACAGAAGACCUUCCAAAGAUGUUGGAGCUGCCAUCAUGGGACUUUACUGA